AUGCCAGCAUUCGGCAGGUUAUGGCCGACCUUGCAAGGUGCAUUGCAGUUACUGUGCCAACGAGAACUGACGCCUGGGGCCACUUAUUUCACUGGUGUGCAAACCAAUGACUAUUGCGCAAUCCUGGGGCCCCCUCUGGACGCCGAACCUGCAGUUGUUGUAGUAGAUGGGACAGGUUUCGUCGUGAAGGGCAAUCUCGUCUUCAAAGGAAAUGUCAUCCUCCGAGGGAAUGGGUCUCACGGAUCACCGCCGCUGUCCGCAGGAGCUCGUAUCGUGGUCAGUGGCUCGUUGGUAUCAGAAGGAGUUCCGCUUCGAGCGCUUGGCGAUAUACUUAUCACCGCGGGCAGCCGUCUACAAGGGACGGGGAAGCAGUUGGCGAGUGGUUCGUCGUUGGAAAGCGCUUUUAUUGAAGGGAAGAAUUUGGUUAUGAAGGCCAACAGCGCCCUCAGUAUACAGGAUUCCCGCAUGCCAGCGAUUUAUGUAAAGUACGAGUUGUCUGUCACACGUGGUGGUAAUCUACGGGUCUCAAACACCAGUGGCAAGGCAAUAGCAGCACAAGAGAUUUCGAUUGCUCGGGGUGGAUGCGUGAGUGUGGUCAACCCAAAAGGUAAGCAAAACGGUGGUGGGGUGUCUGCUAGAUAUGGCAUUUACGUAGCUGCAGGUGGUCUGCUGGAGAUUCAAGGAACACGCGCUAAAGUUGGGGACGGGUACGCGCAUGGAGGGGCCGUUGAGUGCGGCACUGAGAUGCGCGUGGAGGGAAGCGUCGACAUUCGGGACGCCACAUCUGAAGGCAACGGUGGCGGGGUGUUUACCGAAGAAUUGAUUGUAUUGUCUAGUGGUCGGUUGCAUUUUCAGCGGACAACAGGCUUUCUGGGAGGAGCAGUGCAUGCUGCUCAUAUCACGGUGAAUGGGAACAUUACAAUUGCCGAUUCUUAUGCCAGAGAGUCUGGUGGCGGCAUCAGUGGCAAUGUUAUCAGUUUGACCGGCUACGCUUAUUUUCACGAGACGCGAGCUGGACGCAAUGGCGGCGCGAUAGUGGCCUCUUCAAAAUUAUAUGUAAAUGGGCUGGCAGUGUUCAAUAGCACCCACGCGGGCGCCAAUGGAGGGGGAAUCCACGCCUCAACCAGCCCCACAGUGAUUGGUGGAGAAGUACAUUUUUAUUCGCGGACAACACGACUGCUAAAGAUUCGGGCGGUUCCAUCUACAGCGAAGGUGUCGUGGAGAUAA